AGCGAGAACGCUGCGCGAAACGCUGUGAAGUUUGCGUCUGUAUUGUAUGAUGCCGAAGGAACUUCACUUGCAGGCAGAUUGUCGGGCUAACGUUGCUUAGAAAACAGCUGCUUCAUCCAUCUUCUUACAGCCGCUGCAUGCGCUAGAAGCAGGUUGAUUUGGAAGAAAGCGAACAGUCCUGGUUGGUUGUCAAGUUUUCCGGGUUUGGAUGAGCGAUCUCCAGUAGUAGUGACGGAGGUGUGAGGCAGCGAGGCUCACACCAAACACCCCCCCGGCAGCCAUGCCGCCGCCGGCAGACAUCGUCAAGGUGGCCAUUGAGUGGCCGGGGGCCUUCCCCAAGCUCAUGGAGAUAGACCAGAAAAAGCCUCUCUCAGCCAUCAUUAAAGAAGUGUGUGAGGGCUGGUCCUUGGGGAACCAUGAGAACUUUGCUCUGCAGAUUGCUGACGCAACGAAUUUCUACAUCACAGAAAAGAAUCGCAAUGACAUCAAGAACGGCUCAAUCCUGCGCUUGACCACCUCUCCUUAUCAAACUGCAGUCCAGCUUCAUGAACGGAUCCAGUCUUCUAGCAUGGACGCCAAGUUGGAGGCUCUGAAGGAUCUGGCCAAUGCUUCCCGAGACAUCACCUUCGCACAGGAGUUCAUCAACCUGGACGGCAUCUCUCUGCUCACUCAGAUGGUGGAGAGUGGGACUGAGCGCUAUCAGAAACUACAGAAGAUUAUGAAGCCCUGUUUCGGUGACCUGCUGUCCUUCACUCUGACGGCCUUUGUGGAGCUGAUGGACCACGGCAUUGUCUCCUGGGACACUUUCUCUGUGGCCUUCAUCAAGAAGAUCGCCAGCUACGUGAACAAGUCGGCCAUGGACACAGCAGUGCUGCAGCGCUCCCUGGCCAUCCUGGAGUCCAUGGUGCUCAACAGUCAGGAUCUGUACCACAAGGUGGCGCAAGAGAUCACCAUUGGACAGCUCAUCCCCCAUCUCCAGGGGACCGAUCAAGACAUUCAGACCUACACUAUUGCUGUCAUCAAUGCUCUGUUCCUCAAAGCUCCUGAGGAGAAGAGACAGUUUGAUGAGCACAUUGUGGACAUCCUAAAUUGUCCCCUGACAGAGAUGGCCCAUAUUCUUGCCCAGAAGCAGCUGCGCUCCAUCAUACUCAGUAACGUGAUCCGGAGCCCGAUACCCAUCAACGAUGAGAUGGCGCAUCAGCUAUAUGUGCUGCAGGUUCUUACCUUCAACCUGCUGGAAGACCGCAUGAUGACCAAGAUGGACCCUCAGGAUCAGGCUCAGAGGGACAUCAUCUUUGAGCUGAGGAGAAUUGCCUUCGAUGUGGAAUGUGAGCCCAACAACAGUGGCAGCAUUGAGAAGCGCAAGUCCAUGUACACCCGCGACUACAAGAAGCUCGGCUUUAUUAACCAUGUGAAUCCAGCUGUGGAUUUCACGCAGAUUCCUCCAGGCAUGCUGGCUCUGGAUAACAUGCUGUACUUUGCCAAGCACCACCAGGACGCCUACAUCAGGAUUGUCCUGGAGAACAGCAGUCGAGAAGACAAACACGAGUGUCCGUUUGGCCGCAGCAGCAUCGAGCUGACCAAGAUGCUCUGCGAGAUCCUGAAAGUGGGCGAGCUUCCCAGUGAAAACUGCCACGACUUCCACCCCAUGUUCUUCACCCACGAUCGCUCCUUUGAGGAAUUCUUCUGCAUCUGCAUCCAGCUGCUCAACAAAACCUGGAAGGAGAUGAGAGCCACGAGUGAAGAUUUUAACAAGGUAAUGCAGGUGGUGAGGGAGCAGAUCAUGCGAGCGCUCACUCUCAAGCCUAAUUCCCUGGACCAGUUCAAAAGUCGCCUGCAGAACCUGAGCUACACAGAGAUCCUGAAGAUACGCCAGUCCGAAAGGAUGAAUCAGGAAGACUUCCAGUCCCGCCCCAUCUUGGAGCUGAGAGAAAAGAUUCAGCCAGAGAUCAUGGAGCUGAUCAAACAGCAGAGGCUCAACAGGUUGUGUGAGGGAACCUGCUUCAGGAAAAUCAGUAGUCGCAGGAGGCAAGAUAAGUUUUGGUAUUGUCGUCUGUCCCCGAAUCAUAAAGUCCUGCACUAUGGAGAUCUGGAGGAGAGCCCUCAGGGAGAGGUGCCCCACGACUCUUUACAGGACAAACUGCCUGUGGCUGAUAUCAAAGCUGUUAUCACCGGCAAAGACUGUCCUCACAUGAAGGAGAAGGGGGCCCUGAAGCAAAACAAGGAGGUGUUGGAGCUGGCCUUCUCUGUCCUCUACGAGUCAGACGAGUACUUAAACUUUAUUGCUCCUGACAAGCAUGAGUACUGUGUGUGGACGGAUGGUCUCAACGCCCUCCUGGGUAAAGAGAUGACCAGCGAUUACACCAAAUCCGACAUGGACACCCUGCUGUCCAUGGAGAUGAAGCUUCGCCUCUUGGAUCUAGAGAACAUCCAGAUUCCCGAGGCCCCACCCCCGAUUCCCAAAGAACCUAGCAACUAUGACUUUGUUUACGACUGUAACUAGACGUACGAUCCCCACCCGAACGAACCCCUACUGUAUUCACUGGACCAAUCCCCCUUUUUCUUAAAAACUGGAACAAAAAAUAGAUAAAACCAUAUAAUAUAAAAAAAUGAACUGUGAUUGAAAGGAAAAAAAGGAUUUAUUGAACCAUUUUCCUCUUGCUUCUUGGUAAACCUUUCUAAGGGAGAAAGUGGUGCAUAUUGACCGUUGCACUUGAGGGACUAGGGGCUGAUGCGGAGUCAUCAGGUUGCCAUGGAGAAGAGAAACCAGGGAGUGUUUGUUUGGCCUGUCGCUGGUCGUCCUCUGUCUUCUUCUUCCUCGCUCUCUUUCUGUCUGAUGUUUCCAAACAUUCACUUCUUCUUCUUCUUCUUCUUCUUCUAUUUGGCCGCUGUCAUUUUGCUCCAAGACUGUUGUAGACAAACGCUCAGAAUAUUCCAUUUGAUUCAAUGUCAUUGUUGUCCUUUUUUUAUGUUUAUUUUGUUAUUUUUUUCUCAGGGCUUUUGUGGGGAGGGAUGACGAAUGCAGGGAUCAGGACGGUGGUUGUGUAGUUCAGGAGUGGGGAGGGACAUGGGAGGGUGUUAUUUUUUUGUUUUUUGUCAACUUCCCAGUAGUAUUUCCUGUCACAUUCCCACUUGCAGUAUUUGUGGCAGCCAAAUGUUUCCCCAAGAGGCUGAAUUACAUUUUAAAAUUCUACAUUCUUUGAAAACUGUCUCAUAUCUACUCUGUCCAGCUUCACUUAUACUGAAGACUGUUAGAAUAAGUCGAUUCCUCAAAAUCCAGGCAUUAUACUACAGUAAAAAGAAAGCCUCUCUUUUGAAUAUUAAUGUUAUUAACCCAUCGCUGCUUAUUGCUUGUUGUACACACCUACACAGCGGCUUUGCCAAAAAAAAAACAACUGUAAAAACAGCACCAUUGUGAAACACGUUCAAAUACACACUCGUCUCUCCCUCAUUUGAGUCUCUCUCCUUGUAAAGACUGCUGUACACAACAUUCCUAAGCAAUAUUUGAGCUUUUUUUGUUUAUCAUUUGUAAGAUGAUCAUAAUUUAGUGAUUUUUUUUAUUGUGAAACUGCCAGGUAGUUGGUAUUGCAAAGUGUAAAGUUAGUAUUUGGUAAAGGGAAGUUGACUUUUUUGGUGCGUGUUCAGGACUACGGGCCACAAAAUUGAGAGUUUAUGUAUUUUUUUAAUUUAAAAACAGAUCAUGGUUGUUAUUUCUAGUAUGAUUUAUAUAUUUUCCCCUUCCUAUUUAAUGCCUUCUGAUGUUUUUCUUUAGGAUUUUUCAAAGCCCCUCAAAACUGCUGUUUACAUUAAAGAUUUAAGAACUGUAA